UGAUGUUUUAAAUCAAAAAUUAAAAAGAAUUCAAAUCAGUUAAUCAAUCAAUCAUUAAUUAUUCCUAGAAUUACCAGCCUAGUCCUUACCCCACUGGCAACCAUCUUCCUCCCACCCACUCAAGUCAAGCCCCGCCCCACACCCAUGAUGGCCCCUCCCACCGGUGUAUCCAAGCCAGGCUCCGGCUUCCCAACGCGCAUCCUCGUUAACACUUCCCGGGCUCUCCCACCAGGAAAUGGAAGCCUGGACCCGCCCCUAAAGCUGGAGCCCUACAUGGAUGAAAACUUCAUCUCCAGAGCCUUUGCCACCAUGGGAGAGACCGUUCUGAGUGUUAAAAUCAUCCGAAACCGGCUCACUGGGAUCCCUGCUGGCUACUGCUUUGUGGAAUUUGCCGAUCUGGCCACAGCUGAGAAGUGUUUGCAUAAAAUAAAUGGAAAACCCCUCCCUGGAGCCACACCAGCCAAACGUUUUAAACUGAACUACGCCACUUAUGGGAAACAGCCAGACAACAGCCCCGAGUACUCGCUCUUCGUAAGGGACCUCAGCCCGGAUGUGGACGAUGGCAUGCUUUAUGAAUUCUUUGUCAAAGUCUAUCCCUCGUGUCGAGGAGGCAAGGUGGUCCUGGACCAGGCAGGAAUCUCUAAGGGUUAUGGCUUCGUGAAGUUCACUGAUGAGCUGGAACAGAAGCGGGCCCUGACCGAGUGCCAAGGGGCAGUGGGACUGGGCUCAAAGCCAAUGCGCCUGAGUGUGGCCAUUCCCAAGGCGAACAGGGUGAAACCAAUGGAAUACAGCCAGAUGUAUAGCUACAGCCUCAACCAGUAUUAUCAGCAGUACCAAAACUACUACGCGCAGUGGGGCUACGACCAGAACACCGGCAGCUACAGCUACAGCUAUCCGCAGUAUGGCUACACCCAGAGCACCAUGCAGACAUAUGAAGAAGUUGGUGAUGAUGCGUUAGAAGACCCUACGCCCCAGCUGGAUGUGAAUGAAGCCAACAAGGAGUUCAUGGAACAGAGUGAGGAGCUCUAUGAUGCUUUAAUGAAUUGUCAUUGGCAGCCUUUGGACACUGUCUCCUCAGAGAUCCCCCCUGUCAUGUAGCCUGGCUGGGAACCCAGCUUGGCACCUCAACAUGGACUAUGGAAGAAGAGACCCACCCAGAGGGACAUUGGGAACUUUUAACCUUUUUGAAAUGUAAUUUAUAAAAUUUUAAUUAAAAUAUUUGCUCAAAUAGCAGACAUAUUCCAACUGAGAUCAGAGGGAUGGCAUUAGACCUGAGGGAGUCUCACACCCUUCUAGUGGCUGGUCCUAGGCUUUGCUGGUAGAACAAAAACUCACGGAUUAAGAUCUCUUCCAUUUUGGAAUACCUGACAAUGUUCUUUGUUCAUGAAGCACAUCCUCAUUUGGGAGGGGCUCCCCAACAGGACUCCUUAUGGGACUGUGGCUCAAUUAACACUAAAAGUAGUUCCUACUAAAGAACCCAGAAUUGGGGUAAUGACAGGGAUCUAACCACCUCCAUUCAAAUUCCACAUUACACCAGACUUCCCCCCACAAAGUAUGGCUAACUUUGCUUGUUGGCUCCACUGAAACACUUAGUACCAGCUUUCACAGGGGAAACACUCAAGACAUUGCAUUUUUUUUAUUCCAGCACUUUCCCAGGAACCAACAGUAUGAAUUCACAAGUCAUGAUCUUUCAGGCAAUGCCCUCCCCAUAUUCAAAAUCCAAUGUGAUUUGAUUCAGUCUCAAAUUUCUUAUCAAAAAGUGGGGAGAGGACAUCUAGGUAUCUCAGUGGAUUGAUUCAGGACUAGGUGGUCCUGGGUUCAAAUGUGGCCUCGGAUACUUCCUUAGCUGUGACUGGGUUAAGUCACAACCCCAGCCCCCCAUUGCCUAGCCCAUAACACUCUUGCCUUGGAACUUGCUGGUUGCUGGGCAGAGUAGCACCAACUCUCGAUAGCUACCUUCUACUCCCACUUCUGGCUUUUCAGAUACGGUGAUUUGUGACCACUCUCUUCCCCCACUUUUCAGUCCACAAAGCCAAGCACAUCUUCUGCGAUUUAGAUAACCCUAUUGAGAAAUUUUGAUGGGAUGUAACCCAUUCUCUUGCUCCAAAAUCUUAAAAAGUUGCCCCAAGGAAUCAGCUCUUUGAAAAGAUUUUCAUUGCCUUAGACCUUCCCUGGCCCUUCUCAGAUAAGUUAAAUUCUGUUUAUUAAAUAAUUCCAAGUCUGUCCCUCUGGGCAAGAUGUCAAACUUGGAUUGUUUCUAGUCUCCUCAAUAAACUGAUUAUUUUCCCUCUUGGAAAAGUUCCAAAAGAAUGUGUCCUUGAAGGUAGGAUGUUACAAAACAAAUUACUCUUAAGCAAGGUAUAGGUUCCUACUAGGAAGGAAUUCUUUGUUUAGGCUUUCCAGGUCCCCCGCUGAAAAUGGUUUGAGUCUUAGUAUGUAGGAUGGCCUGAUCACCUUGGAGAUGACUUGUGAUCUCUCAAUGGCAGAAUUGGGAUUGCCCUUUCAGCUUCAUCUUUCUUCCCCUCCUAUCUUUGUCUGAUUUUGCAUCCUCUAUGUGUUAUUUGCUUUGAUAUCCCUUUCCUUAGCUAGUUGUUUAACCCCCUGCUUUAAUUGUUCAAUUCUUUCACUACCAGCAUCAUUCUUCUUAGCUUUUUUCCUGAGAUUUCUUAAAUGCAUAGUUCAACUGGAUCAUGAAAAAACAAAACACCCCAAUCAUCUCAGGAAUGCAAGAAACAACCCUGUCCAUUCUUAUUUUCAACCAUUUUAUUUAUUUGUUUGGUGUGCCCUUAACUUCUGUGUAUUGG